GGGUUUCACUGAGGCGCUGCUGCUGCUGCUGCUGCUGCUGCUUGCUGCAGACUGAUAGAGGAGAAGCCUGUCAUCAGGUCUGAAAUUAAAAACCAUGUAGAUUUGAUCCCGUCUCUGUCACAUCUGGAUCCCUGAACAGCUGCAGACAGAGGAUGAGGAUGCGGAUGGAUGCUAGGAUCCAUGAAACCAGGAUGUCUCCCACCGAUCUGACCCAUAUUGUAGAGUCGUGGCUCUUCGGGUUAUCUGCCAAAGUGAUGCAGACGACGAACCUCUGCAGAGAUCGCUCAGCCUGCUGACUCUGCUGGCAUCUGUCUCUGCAGAAACACACAGCAUCGCCAUCAAGUCUGAUCCAGAAUAAUACUCCCAGGCUGGUGAAACAUCUGAGUGCUGAGAGAAGAAAAGGGUGCAGCCUUAGCUGGGUGAACAGCAGAUGGUGACACUGCAGCAGCACUUCUCCAGCAUGGAGGAGACUGUGCGAUCACUUCUACAGAACCAGGACUCAAUGGAAGGACCCAAAGUGGACCCACUGGACUUAAUGAAGGCAUACAAGGAUAAACUCCUGGAGGAGAUGUGGAAGCAGCAGGACAGUCUGGAGGGUCCCACGGCGGCGGAGACACCAUCUUCACCGGAGGCUGGCGGCGGCUCAGAGGAUGACUCAAAGGACAGCAAUCCUCUGCUUGAGCGCCUUCGAGCACUGGAGGCGGAGAACUCUGCCCUGUCCAUGGAAAAUGACAACCAGAGGAAGCAGUAUGAACGCUGCUUGGAUGAGGUGGCUAACCAGGUGGUGCAGGCCCUCCUCACACAAAAGGACUUGAAAGAAGAAUGUGUGAAGCUGCGGACCCGUGUGUUUGACUUGGAGCAGCAGAACCGAAUCCUGAGCGUCUUGUUUCAGCAACGUGUCAAAACGUCCUCAGCUCCUGUCUCCCAGGAUGUCCAAAGAAAUGGAAAAGCAAAAAGUAUUGCUGCAGGAAGAUGGCCCAGCCUGCUGAGCCUCACAUGCCCACGCAGCAGUGGAAGCGGCAGUGGCAGCGAGCUCUCACUUUCCAGUGCCUGCAGUGAAUACUCCAGUGGGUCUCAUACUUGGGCAGACGGACGUGGCUUCUCCAAGCAGUGUGCCUCCAGUCGCGACAAGCGGAUGAGUACAGCCUCAGUAUCCAGCAAUCAUUCAGUAUUCAUUGAGCAAACUGACUUGGAAUGGAAAGAGGGCCAUAUUCUGAAAGGCCUAAAGCAUCUUCAAAUGAACAAGUCCAAAGUGGCAACCUCAGCUGCAGCUGUACCACACUGCAAAGACUGCAUGACCUCAAAUGAGGGGAUAUAUUCUUCUGGUGUCAAGUCGCGCCAACAAGGUUCUGCUGCUAAGAAAACUCCAACAAGUAAACCUUUCAUAGCUGAAGCACGGGCUUCCAUCCAAGACUCUGAUAAUCCAGAUGAGGAAUCACCUAAAUUACCUAAGAGAGAAUCUGGUGACCAAGCAACAAAAGAACAUCUUCAUUUGGACACAUUGGAGGUUUCUGGGGAUGAUGACAAAGAUUCUCAAGAAGACUCGAUUCUUCCAGCUAAUUCUGGUCCUUUCCCUUCACCUGACUUUGACAGCUUCCUAUUUUUAGAGGGCCCCACUGUCAAACCUGGUGUGAGUCCAACAGACAGCCUUACAAAAUCUGACGGAAUCAACAAGAACUCCUUAGAUAAAAACAUAUCAUCAGUUGUAAAAAUCAGCGACAGGAAUAAUAACCAAGAACGGUCCACUGAUCGUAAAUCUAGACUUGAUUGUAACAAGAGACAACAAGGCAGACUUCCUAUCAAACAAACAGAAGCAGAGACAAAUGAUGUUAGCUCGUUGGGUCAGCAUUCUGCAACAAGAGUUCUAAGCUGCAUGAAUGAAGCCAGACAGCGAAGCUCCUCAAUGGAAGUGCCUCACUGCAGAGACCAGGCAAAUCCAACCAGUCAGGAAAGCAGGGAUUGGACCAGCUCAGAAUCUCCACAGAGAAAACCUAAACCUCAGUUCUGUGAAUCGGCAAGGAAGGCUUUUAUUCUGAGAAGCAAGAGUGCAGAUGGGGGCCAAGAACAACUUAAGCAUACACAUUCUCCUCUACACCAAAAGCUUAUCAAGGGUCAAAGGCCCAAAGGACAGGCAAAUUCAAAUUCUGCAGGGCAUAGUGUUCCUAGCAAAAGGGUUAACCCCCACGGUUCAAGUAAGUGUACAUUACCUAAAACUGAAAAAGAUCUAGAUGUUUCAGCUGCAGUGGGUUUUGAGUCUCUUGAGAGUGUGCAACAGCUGUCUCCACUUGCAUCUCCUGUAAAACAGUCAAAGAUUCUUAAGUCACCAGGCAUCAAGGACAGCCUGAAGAGUCCAACAAAAAAAGCCGCUAGAGUGUCAAGCGAUGACUCUGUUGAAGAGAGCAUCUAUGACAACCUGCCCUGUUCACCACGUAAACAGAGACGCCAAGAACAACACUGCGAUACGUUCAGAUCAGAGCGCAGGUCCCCAUCUCCACCACUACCACCAGGUCGAAGUACUUCGCUUCUCCUUAGAACCAGCUCUGAAAGUGCAGCCAAAGACAAAAAACUGGCAAGUCAGACUCAAAGUCAUACCACUGGCAAGCUAUCAUCAGCCAUGGCCAAGACGAAUACUGACAUCGGCUCUGUUUUAGAGACUCAACAAUCCAACAUAAUAAAAGAUAAUCAACAUGCUGAUCUGCAAAUGAAAGAUAUCCCUGUAAAAAUCUACUUUAUCAAUCCAUCAAAGAUUCCCCAUGUGCCCGGUCAAGAAUCACAAGCCUCAGAUUCAGUUCAGCUGGAUAGAAACACCACAUGCCUCAAUGAAAAUGGAGCUCCAAGUAUAUCAACAAGUCAGAGCAUCCUACAAAGAUCCCCACAGAGUAUUAGUGAGCCAAAACUUUCCGAAGUCUUGCCUACCACGUUCUCUAAUGUUUACUACCAUGGGAUUCCCAGUAAUCCCCAGACUUCCACCUCAAAUGCUAUUAAAAGGACGCUUCCUGUGAACGCUAAAUCUCACGAAGCAAUCUCUGGACAGAACACCAGCACCUUCCUGAUAUUUGGAAGACAAAGUAAAGAAGAUGCAAAGAGUCUUCAGACCUUUCAAACGUUUACAUGUGAUCCCCAAGUGAUGCAUGAAUAUGGUGCACGGGAGAAACCUUGCAGGAAGAUUGAGACCCGCUGUAACUCCCUGGAUUCUCAGCCUCUUCAGCCUGUUGCAUCUGACACCAGUGGGAUGUUAGAUUGGGGAUUUGAUGAGGAAGGUUGGCUGUUUAAACGGUCUGUUUCUGUAUCUACUAGACCUCUUCUUAAGCCAGUACUGGGCAUGAAUGGAGCUAAGGCUCGUAGUCAGAGCUUUGGUGCACGCUACAUGGACAGACCAAGCUUCAACAGAUCUGGAAAGGUCCGCACCCAGAUCAAAACCCAUUCAGGGAGCUCACUGAAUUCUCUUGGGGAUGUCCUUCCAGGUAGUAUGAGCUGCUCCAGCAGCUACCACUGUCCAAUGAAUAGAUCCCUUUUAAAUAACUUUUUGAUUGAAGAAGGAUUGACCGUCCCAUCACAUUUGGGGUCUUCCAGUGAAAGACUUCAAAGUUUAAAACUCCAGCGAGAACAGGCUAGGCGCCUUCAGAUCGAGCAACAGUUUUCAAGCGCCUUUGGAGAGCCAGUCUCUGAGGAACCUGAGAGACAAAGCAUUAUAACCACCAUCGAAGAGAAGGUGAUGCUUGGAAUUGAGGAGAACUUGCACAAGUCACAGGAGCAUGAGAAAACGAAUGAAGUAAAGCAAAAGUCUGGCUCCAGCAUUGCAAGUUGGUUUGGUUUUCGUAAGAGUAAACUUCCUGCUCCAACCAGCAAAAAGACUGAUCCACCAAAAGUAAAAGAAGAAAAGCGGGAACAAAAGAUUACAUCUCUGCUGGGGGGAAAGAGUACAAAGACAGACAAAAAGAAAGACAGACGAAAAAGUGAUGGAAAAGAGUGCUCUGUGGGAAUGAGAGAAUCCCAUGAUGCAGUACGGGCUUGCAUCUCAAUGCCCUGUCCAGGAAUGUCCCUCAGUGAGAUCCAAGGACAUGCUAACAUCAUAGGGGACCCUCAGAUGAUGAACCGAAGACCUGAUGUUGAAAAUGGCUCCAGUGUGAAGAGCCUCAGCCAGGAUGCAGUAAUAGGCUCAGGUUGCAAGAUGCGGACGUUGGACAGUGGAAUCGGGACUAUUCCCCUCCCAGAAUCCUGUUCCUUCUUCUCCUCCAUCCUCAACUUCCUACCCAAAUCCUCGUCAAUCCCCGAACGGUCCCUCAGUCCUCCCAGUGUUCCGGGUUCCUCCAGUGAAGAUGUGUCCCCUUCCCCAUUACCCCGAUGGAGGGUACCUUCCAGCUUAAAGGACAGCAGCCACGCAGGAGUUCCGACCUCCCUGUCCGACUCCUCCAUGAUCCAUAUCCCAGCAGUGCCUUUCCCCACUGUGGCCUUCCUCCAGCCUCUUCAUCCCUUGUCUGAACCCAUUAUGACCCCAGCCAGUUUGUGUGAUACCCAGAGCAGGCUGCCCACAACAACCAGAGGUGGGACGGCACCUAAGAAGCUGACUCAUAUCAAUCCCAAAACACAAACCACUACAAACCAACCGAAAGGACAGACAAGACUUCAGCUUGCUAACUAGGUCCUGAAGCUGAAUGUGUAAACCUGAAUCUGUCUGUUGGAAUCAUCUCCUCUCCUGACACAGAAGAUCUCUACAGGAAUCCCACAGUUUGAACACGGAGCAUCGGCGUAUCAGGAAGGAGCUUCCAGUUCAGGACAAAGAGGACAAAGUUUGGUACCGAAGGCUUCUCCCGCUGUUCUCAGCGCUGAGAUACAGAACACCCUUUCAGGUGUGCUCACAAACCCACUGGCUGCCAUUUUGGAGGUCUGCAACUUUUUGGAUUUUGCUGUGAAACAAAAAACACUAACACUCUGCCCCAAAUGUUCGCUAAUUCACCCACUCAUCAUAUUGUCUUCAUUAUAUCAAGGAGCAAGAACCAGAGAGAGGUAGCCAGGUGUUUUUGUAUAGUUGUACACUAGGUAUGACUUUUUAAUGUCACAUACUGUAAACACAUCGCAGCAGGAUCCUCCCAGGGACAAAAAUCUAAAAUCUAGGACAUAAUUCUGCUGAAAAGUGAGCUGCACAUCACAUCUGUCUUCAUGUCACUAACAUGGGUUUAAUCACAUAAAUCAGACUUCAGCUGGUAUCCUUUUCUUUGUGCUAAAUAAACUCAGACUAAAACCAUAUUACAUCCUUCAAAAACUACUGAAUAUUAGCAAUGAGAAUUCAUUAAAUAAACCAAACAGCUGUUUGCAAUCAUCCGGUUCAGAUGCACCCUGCUUUUAAAUUUACGUUGCUUUCUGUUGUCCUGUGAGGUCCAGAUGCCUGUCCUAAAACCAAUGGGUUUUUACUGGUUUUUGUCAGUGAUCAGGCUAACUACCAUUAGCAACACAAGCUAGUCACUCAUGCACUAAAGGAGCAUGUUUUCUAACAGAUGUGUUUACAUGAUUUAUUGUGAUACUACCUGUCAGAAGUGCAGAUAAAUUAUUUUCUUCUGCAGUUAUCAUUGGAAUGUUUAAAACUUAUUUCUUACAUCAUUUCAGAACAAUAAUCUCUUGAAAUCCCUAAAAACAGGUUGAUAAAGACACAAACAGCUGAAAGUCUGUUAACGCAUUUUUAAAAGUCUCAUAAUUAUAAUAAUUACUCAUGCUUAUGUUAGCGUUAUAUUUUCUUUUUAAUAUUUGAUUGCAGAUCAUUUUUGUUGUAUUUUCUAUUGAACGUGUGACAAUGAAGCACAUCAACUUAAUUUGCUUUUAAAUAUGAUAGAAAGAUUUAUUUAGCUUUAAGAUUAGCAAGCUAAUAUUAGCAGUAGCACUAAAUGCUCUUAUUUAUUUUAAUAAAACGUACAGAAGAAAAUGUUCAAACUAUAAAAUCUAUACAUUAUUUGUGUUGCAUAAAUUUAAAUUAAACUCAGCUUUAACAUUUUGUGAUUGUUUAUAACAGAUUUAUAUUUGCAUGAAGGUUUACUGAAAGUCCAGCCAGCCUUAUCUGCACCUUUCAUUCAAAUGCAAACAGCGUUUGUAAUAAAAAAGAACAAAGAUAUGUUUUCCAAUUGAGAGUUUUAAAAACAGAAAUUAUGUACGAAUCCUCUUGCACAUCUUCACUAAAGCUUCGAGUACUUCGUAAACCACAGGAAAAGGUUCUGGUACAAGUUGUCACCUUUAUCAUUGAAAGAUGAUUGAACCUCGUCUGAAGAGACUCUUUCUCCGAGUCUUCUUCCCUUUAUGUCUUCUUCCCGGUUGUGUUGUGAGGCUCGAGGUUAUUGCCCCCUGAUAAUCAUGGCAGCUUUUUAAACUAAGUCCUCCUCAUGUAACAGUUUAAUGUUGCAUAAAACAGUUGAAAUGAAUAAAUAAACUAGUGUUCUGCUGA